GAGAACAACAGCUAAGCAGUCUAAAUGACACAAAAUACAAUGGUGAAUAAUUAUAUGAGGGGAUGGAAGAAGCACACACCUGCCGGCACGUCCCUUCCUGGACAGCCACCAUCUUAGUCCUUACAACGGCCCUCUCCUUGGUCUGCACGCAUCCACCGCUCCUUUUCUCACUUGUUGGCAAUGACGGCAGCCCGGAAGGAAACACAAAAAUCAGAUAUAGUCAGUUCAAUGAGAGACACCCUUACCUUUGCCCUCAUACUGCCAGUAAAUACCCAAUGGCCCCAUCAUCAGUAUCGAGUUGCAGUGAAGUGACGGCGAUGGUGAGAGAGAGAGGAGGGAAUAAUCAAUUCGGACUCCGAGUU